AUGAAAUUAUACCAGUCUACUGAGUAUACCAUCUCACAAGGCCUGCGCCGAAUGCACCAAUCAAUCGCCACCAAAAAAGUGUCUUGUCUCCCAGGAUGUUGCCAGCUACUAAAGGUCUGUGAGACAACCUGCGGUGACUACGUCUUGAUCGAAUUAUUCGGUUAUUUUCCAAAGCCAACCGAUGGGUUGUUAAAGCAAAUAAGAGCUACCGCCAGUGAAGAUCGCAACCAUGUGUGCUUGAUGCUGUCUGCGCGCUCGACUGCUCAAACUCGACAAGCACUGAGAGCUCAUGCCUUUACUGUUGUUCCGGAUUCUGUAUCUGUAUUUCUAUCGCAGCGCAAACGAUGGACACUCGGCGCUACUUCGAACGACCUUAUGCUGGUGAGGUCUAGAGGGAUUCAGUGGUUUGAGCGCAUUCUGGCCUUUUUCAAUGUGUGGACAUGGUUUCUCAACGUAUUCAUCUUGGCAUGCCUUGCGUGCUUGGUUUAUGCGUGUUUGUGUGAGUGA